GUGUCUCUCAAAUUUGUAUCACAGACCAAAAAAUCAGUUCUGCGUGAAGAAAAGAAACAGAGAAAUCGCUUCAAAUCACAUAUCUCCCUCCUUUUCGCUCUCUCUGCUCCAAGAUAAGAGACAAAGAUGGUGGAUGUUUUGAAAAUUGCUAAGUUUGGAGAUUACUCCUCACCUAUGGAUUUGGUUUCGCCUAAAAUUUGUAAUUUUGGAGCUCUUUCUGCAACAGGAAUAAGCCACGCAUCAUCAAAUGGCUCUGUUCAAAGACAGAGAGUUUCAGAUCCUCCUGGUUUACCUGGCAACGGAGGAAGUGCAACUCGUCAAGGGGCUGCAAAUGAUGGUGGUGCAAAUGGAGGUUCUGCUUCUGGUGCUGGUGCUGGUGCUGGUGCUGGCGGAGGUGGACAAGGUGGCGGUGGAGGUGGACAAGGUGGACUUGGAAGUGGAGCUCCUACGAUUCCAAUUCUGUUGAGAACUCCACCGAAUCAGUUGCAGAAGUUGUAUGAUAUGGAUUGGUAUUUUAAUAUGAAUCGGGAGCAGAUGCUUGCCCUCCUUCACCGCCACUGGUGCCUCUAUACCAAUGAACAGCCACGUCAAAAUGUUACUAGGCAGACGGUUUGGCCUGGAUUUAGAGUGAUAUUUAGUGGUCAGCUGGAUAUAUAUGACCCUUACCCAAGUGAAGAGGACUUGGUGGAGUUAGAUUUUAAUGGGGAUUGGUAUUAUUUCCAAUGCAGCAUUGAGCGGAUAAUCGUUGAAAGGGUGGCUCCUUGAACUGAGCAUUUGAAAUUGAAAUCUCAGACUAUUGUUUUAGACUAUGUUGCUUUUUUUUUUUUUUUUUUUUUUUUUUCUGGAAUG